AUGUCAAAAUUGGUGGAGUCUCGGGAUCCUGGCGUAAUUCUUUUAGUUGCUGGCGAUGGCGAUUAUUAUCCUUCAUUAACACGAGCCGUGGAUCGUAAUUGGAAAAUUGAAGUCUGGUUUUGGUCAUCAGAUCCCGCAGGAAAAAAAUAUAUCCUUGAAAUAACUGAUGGAGAAACACUUAUAAAAUGGCAAGAUGAUGAAAUAAUGGAAUGUUUUGAUUCAUUAGAAUUAUUUGGAUGGUGGUUCAGGGAAGAAGGACCGACUAUAUACUUGUACUUCGAUAACAAAACACAUUUGAAAAAGGCAAAAAAUUGGUUGGAAUCUAAGCAUCCGGAUGUGAAGGUUUGGGAAAUGCCAGAGAAAAGAAAAAGUUGGUCUUAA